UUUUAACGUUAAAUGUGAUGCUAAAGGUUAUCUUGUCUCGGCUUAUCCUCGAGAUCCUGACUAUCGUAAUCAAGAAAAUCUAACUAAAAAUCUAGAAAAAGUUGCCAAUGCUAAACGCAAUCCUUAUAGCUAUACAAAAAUCUCUCAAGCACCUUGGGGAACCCAUUGGCUUUAUCAAACUUCUCCUGUUAGAUAUGAACAGACUGAUAUUUACAUGGAGAACCCAACAUUCAAUGGGUUUUAA